CGUGCUAUCUGUCGCGGUUUGCCUAAGCUGCAGCCAGACCUGUCACACGGUAGCUUCAUUGAAAUUAAAUUUGUGAAACGCUGCAGCAGAACAAAAUAAUGGCAGACGAGGAGAAGUUACCGCCGGGGUGGGAGAAAAGAAUGAGUCGCAAUUCAGGCAAAGUAUACUACUUCAACCACAAAACCAAUAGCAGCCAGUGGGAGCGUCCGGUGGGAGAUGGCCGCGGAGAGCCAGACAAGGUACGCUGCUCUCACCUGCUCGUGAAACAUAAUCAGUCACGUCGUCCAUCUUCUUGGCGGGAACAGAUUAUCACACGAACUAAAGACGAGGCCCUGGAGCUCAUUCAGAAGUACAUAGAAGAGAUCAAGUCUGGAGAGGACAAGUUUGAGUCUCUGGCUUCACAGUUCAGCGACUGCAGCUCAGCUAAGAACGGUGGCGAUCUGGGAUUAUUUGGCAGAGGUCAAAUGCAGAAGCCUUUUGAAGAUGCCUCCUUUGCUCUCAAAGUGGGAGACAUGAGCGGUCCUGUUUUUACUGACUCUGGAGUCCACAUCAUCCUUCGUACUGGUUGAAAGGAAGAAGCCACACACUGUACUCUCCGCUUAUGUCUUCACUCACACACACAUACACACACACACACACAUACACACACACACACACACACACACACACACACACACACACACACAUGCGUACACAGUCCAACCCAACCAGACCUGAAUUUAUUUUAAUGACACGCAGCACCCAAUAAACAAAGCUUAUGAGCUGAAUUGCGUUAUUUUAAGUGGGAUCAUUUUAUUCCAAGCACUAUUUAACGUGUAUGAAUACUGAAAUCACACUGAACAUUAAAGAGUAUUGCAGAUUUUUCCUGUUAGACCUCAAGCUUUUAUUAACCGUGGCGAUGCCAUCACGUAGAAACAUGAGUGCCUGUGAAUCUGUUGGAGUGGAAACAGUUUCACACGAAGAGCAAAGUUUGAGAAUGCGUCUAUAAAAGCUUGUUUUUGUAUGUGCAUGUCUUCAGAAGGACCAUUUACUGUAUGUUUCCCUGCAACCUUUAUCAUUUCUGCUGUAUGUGUGCCAAAGCAGAUACUCCAUCUGGUUUUGGAAAAUGGAAGUUUAAAAGGCUUUUCGAGCAAUUACUGACAGCUAAAGUUAAAGAAAGCACCGCUGUUCUGAGUUCUCUGUGUUUAGCUCUGAUUUCAUGGGAUGGUCGUUUGCAGAUAUCCAGUAACAUAGAAUCAUUUGUUUUCAUAAUACACUUUAUAAAGUGCAUGUUUCCCUUUCCAUAGGAUAUGCAAAGAUGGCACGGAUAAAAAACUUCCAGGUUUUAACAAUCAGCUCUGCAGCUUUUAAAAGCAUCAAAGUUCAGAUGAACUAUUACACUGUUGUGUGAUCUGAGUUUUUCUUUCGUCAAUAAAAAUCUCCUUUUUUUUUUGUA